AUGAGGUCUGCUAUAUUUAAUAAGGAUCCACAGGUAUUUUCGGAACCGAAGCGACAGUCAAAGUCAAGACCUCUGUUGAAAAAUUCAUCCCCUAGUAUCAGUUCCACUAAUUCACCUAUAAUACGUCAAAAGUCAACACCAACAACCCCAAAUGUUGGCGAAAAUUCCAAAAGCUCAAAUGAUAGUAAAAAACCUAUUAUUAAUGGAGCUAAUAUUGCAUGGAAUUUAGACGAAAUGGUCAACAGCUACCAUGAACAUCGAAUUCUUCCCCCCAUAUUAUCGCCAACGAUACCCCAAGGUCAGUCUAAACAAGGUGAGGAAAAGAAUAUAAGUAAGGAAAACUCAUCUACAGGGUCAGUAAAUGCUAUUGCAAGUGAAAAUUUACCCCUUUCAAUGUUAUCCCCAACAUUACCUGUAAUGUUUGAUAGUGAUAGUAAAGAAGCAACACCAAGUAGUAAUUAUUCGAAAUUAGUUCAACCUAAACCAAAACAUCCAAACCCAAAAAGCUCAUCGAAAUUGGUAGGUCUGUCUGUUAAUCAACCUCAACCAUCAAGGCCUAAAGUUCGCUGGAUCGACAAAUCUCAAGACAUACGCCCAAAAUUUCUCCUCAGAAUCAACUUCCGUAAUCAACCUAAGUAUAAGGAGAGCUUCAAUGUUGAUAAGGCAGAUUCUCCAAGAAAAUACAAUGGCCUAGGAAUAUCGAGUUCAAAUAUUGACCCUACUGCAAAGGAAACCCAAGGACAAAUAUACAAAGAACCAAGCCAAGAAACCACGUUCAAAAAGCCCCAAGAAGCAAAGGAAGAUGCAAGACAAGCAGACAAAGCUCCUUUUAAGAGACAGGGUGAUAAACUUGACAAGCAACAAAAAAAGGAGGAGCAAUUGAAACAAUUGAAUAGUGAUGUUUUACAGAAAGAGCAAGCUCAAUUAACUAACUUGGAAAGAUUAAGAGUUCUGAAAAGUCAAUCUCCACUAAUACUGAGUCAACUGAAAUUAUCUUUCACUGAUGAGGAGAAAGAAGAAUUUAAAGCAAAUUUAAUACUGAAGAAAAAUUAUUGGAUAAAGAUAGCUAGACAAACGAAAGCAGAAUCGGAUAAAACAAAAGACCCGAUCUUAUCAAUAGUGAUAAGUAUUGAUGCUUUAUUAUUGUAUAUGAUAUCCUAUGAUUAUGACGAGAAGCUGAAACUAGUCGCUGAAUUAUUACCUCUGGAAAGGUAUUGGAAUUCUCUUUAUCAAGAUUGUUCAAAUUUGAUUGUUCAGCUAAAACAGCAAAUAUCGACAACUAAUGAAAAAUCUACUUCUCGGACACCAUUGACUGAAUACAUACAAUUAUUCAUAGGCAUAUUAUACCAGAUGAAGGCUAUUAUAUUGAAACAAGUUAAUUCAGUUUUUCAGAAAGUGAUUGAUCUGUAUAUUUUCAAAAAAAAAAACCAUAAGAAUGAUCCACUUAAUGAAUUAAAUAAUAAAAUUAUAGAAUUACAGCAAUCGACGAUUAACAAUUACAAUAAAAGCAUUGCAAAUUUUGCCAAGGCAGAAUCAUUCUUUUUUAUGACUUCACAAGUAUCGGUGAAUUUUCCGAAGACAUGGUAUAAUAAGUCUCCGCAUAUGAAUCCUACCCAGACCUAUGUAACUAGCUUUGUCCCCGGUGGCGAUAACUACUUUUUGCCAAUAGGAAUGUAUUCUGAAUUGAGAGAAAUUAGUGGUUUUACGUUUAGUUGUCUUAGAGAAUUUAGCGAACUAUUCCUAUGUACUAAGAAUAAUGGCGAUAAACCCGAAACAAUUUAUAUACUUCAAUCUGGCUUGAAAGGUGCACCCACUGACGAGCUUUUAAUAUCAUAA